ACGCGCUUGCUGAGCUGGUCUACCUACCUCACUCCUUGUAGGGGCCCGAGCAGGCACAGCCGCAGGUCGCUUUUGCUGAGCGGGCCUGCCUGCAUCACUCCUUGCAGGGGGCCCCACCAGACACGCGCGCAGGACGCUCCUGCUGGGCGGGUCUGCCUACACAUACUUCACUUCUUGCAGGGGCAGCCGAGCUGGCAAACCCCGAGAUUCAGGUUGCUCCUGGUCGGCUGGCGUGCCUACCGCACUCAGUUCUCCUUUCUCCUUGUUGGACAACAAUAGAGGCGAUACUUUCCCUGUGUUUAUCUCGGCAUGGAGCCUGGACUUGAAUCUGUGAUCGAGGAUGCAAUCGGCGAGGCAAUCGAGCCUUCCGCGGACGAUGAUGUCCCCGCCCGCGUCAGCACUAAGAGUAGUGCCAAGGCCGGCGGCCGUAAGAGGCCGAUCCGCAGGAAGAGGAAGAAGGCCCAGGAGCGGCACCCGGAGCCUCAGGAGGCUGACGAGAGGCCGUCGCCUACAACACCACCCCAGUCGUUGACUUCCUUCAUGGCGCUCGCCGCCGACUUCGAGGCCGCCAUCGAUGACCUCGAGCAAGUUGGUGGCCUUCGUCGGUAACCUCUAUGGGCAGAGUAUCCAAACGCGGCGCGGUGCAGGGAUGUGUUUCGGAUGUCCUUCGCAGCGCGAGGGCUGGGAGAACCUGCACACCGAGUUCUUGCGGGUGUUCCGGCGGCUCGAGGAGGUGGAGUCGCGUGAGGCUGGCCUGCAGGCGCGCGUGGACGCGCUGGAGGGCGAGCUGGAGGUGGCGCGCCGCGCGCUGGAGCCGCCUGCACGGCUGCGGGCGGACAGUGCUCGCGUCGCCCAGCUCCAGGACGAAGUGGUUCGGCUGCGCGCGCAGUGCGACUCGGCCUCCGCACGCGAGCACACGGCGCUGGAGACGCUGGACGGCUUGCGGCGCCACCUGGUGCUGGUCCAGCAGGAGCUCCACCAGGCGAAAGGGCUCAAGGAGGACUCCCAGGGCAUGGAGCACGAGAAGAAGUCCGCCAAGCUGCAGCGCGAGCGCGACAUCCUGCUGAUCCGACUGGCCGCGUUGAACGAGCGCCUGGCCAAGGCGCAAGACCUGCAGGCCGAGCUGCAGCGCUCCGCCUCGGAGAAGGACCUGCACUUGGGCAAGGUGCAGCAGCAGCUGGCGCACGAGGUGGAGCGCAAGCAGCGCGAGAUGGACGCGCGCGCGACCCUGGAGGCGGCGUACCGCGCGCUGCAGUCCGAGGUGGAGGCGCGGCGGAACGAGCUCAACCACGUGGAGCUGCAGCACAAGACGGCGGCCAUCAGGGCGGCCUGCCUGGAGAGCACCGUCGCGCAGCUGGAGGAGGCCAACGACGGCCUGACCAAGGAGUCGGCCGACCUGGCGCAGCGCGUGGCCGAGCUCAAGUCACUGCUGCGGCGCCGCGGUCUGGAGCUGGACAACGCGAUGGCCAGCUGUCAGGGAGUGGCGGGCGAGAUGCAGCACCUGGAGGGUUCCCUCGCCGCGCUGGAACAGAAAGUAGGCGUGGCUGCUGCUGCUGCUGCUGCACGGAUGAGUCAACGAUGA